UCCGGCCUUGUUCUGAGGAGGCGCCUGACCACCCAGCCUCCCUGCCCUCCAGCAAGCCCUAAGAUAAAGCUCUCUCUUCCCUCCCACCCAACUGUUGCCAUCUCCCAGCCUUUCUCCAGCUGUCCUGAAGGAGACCGGCCGGCUGUGGAGGCGGCUGCACCCAAGGAGACUUCGCUCUCUGCAGCCAGGGGAGGGGGCAGCGAAGGGCAAACGGACAAGUGGACGGACGAGCGGACGGACAGUUCUUUGGAGGCCUUGGGCCCAGCACAGGACGGACAGGUGGGGAUGGCCUCAGUGGGCCUGCAGCUGGUGGGCUAUAGCCUGAGCCUGCUGGGCUUGCUGGGCACAGUCAUUGCCACACUCCUUCCCGGCUGGCGGACCAGUGCCUACAUCGGCUCCAGCAUCGUGACGGCGGUGGGCUUCUCCAAGGGCCUCUGGAUGGAGUGUGCCUCCUACAGCACCGGCAUCACCCAGUGCGACAUCUACAGCUCCCUACUCAACCUGCCCUCUGACCUCCAGGCUGCCCAGGCCUUGAUGUCCACCUCCAUCGCAGUCUCCCUGCUGGCUGCCCUCCUCUGCGUGGCUGGUCUGCGCUGCACCAUCUUCGCCCAGGGCUCUCCGUCCAAGGACCGAGUGGCUGUGGCCGGAGGGGUGGCCUUUGUGCUGGGGGGGCUCCUGUCCUUCAUCCCCGUGGCCUGGAACAUCCACGUGGUGCUCAGGGACUUCUAUAACCCUGUGGUGCCUGAUAGCAUGAAGUUUGAGCUGGGCGAGGCCCUCUACCUGGGUGCCUUCUCCUCCCUGGUCUCCCUCAUUGGGGGGCUCAUCCUCUGUGCGUCCUGUCCAGCCCGGGACCACCGGUCACCCGCUGUCCGCUACAGCCCCUACCGUGCCCAGACGAUACCCACACGGAGCCCCCCACCCGCCACAACAGGGGCAACUCCCAUCUCAAAGACUAAGAGUGAGUUCAAUGCCUACAACCUCACUGGAUAUGUGUAAUAGCAGGUAGACUGGCACCUACAGACCAUUGUGGACUGCUGCUCACAGAUCCUUGACUGCCCAGCCCUCUGCUUACCUGAAGGCACUGGACAGGUAAGCCGGCAGGGAGGCAGCCGUUCACAGUUCCCCUGCUCCCCUAUACCUGUGCUUCCACCCUGCCAUUGCCAGGACCUCUUUUUCCUCAAGCACCACUUUGGAUGACCCCUGUCCUCUUUGAGGGUCUCAAAGUUCCUCUGGAGGAACCUGCUUUCCAGCGUGAAAGGAGCAGCCAAGAUGGACAGCUGUCAAGUGGGCCUGCCUCAAGGCCCUCUCUCCCAUCUUCCAGCUUGCAGGCCCCUGACACAGGACACUGACCAAGUGGAAAGGAGUGAAGAGAACGGGCAGGCACCAGUCAGGAUUGCUAGGCCCAAAGUUGGGCACUGUUGACUGGAAGGAACUGGUGGGCAUUCUGUGGGGAGACUGGAGGUGUGAUGUGGGGAGGGCAGAUGGUGGAUCCCAAUGGAGCAGUAGCACAGCUGCCCGCCCCAGGCUUCCUGGUGAGCACAACUAGAUUAGGGCGGCUAAAUGAGACUUCUUUUGAGCCCUGUGGUGCUGUACUUCAGUAGCAGAGCUCAUAGGCAGUGACCACAGCCUAUCUCAACCCCUCUUAUGCUUUGCCAGACUGCUUCCUGCAGGUGGGAAACAGGCCAAGCUCAGGAGGCAAAGGGCUCCAGGGCUGGGCUGGAUCAAAGUGUGUCCUUUCGCUCAAUGACCUCCGCCGACCUCUGGCUUUGAAGAGCCACCUGCCCGCCUACCCUCCAGUCUCCCGUGGGAGGAGAGCAGGAACAGCCUGGCCUUGGCAAGGAAUAAUAAACAUCAUCAGGGAGGGGGAGGGAGGGAGUCUGGUGGGCUGGCUGCCAGGUGCUUCUGCCUCCCACGGAUGCUCUGUAUCUCUCCAGGACUACCAGUACCGUCCACCAUGUUCUUGCCCAAGUCCAAAGACUUGGUCGCAAAGGGAGAAGAGGAAACCAUGGGAGAUGGCAAGUGCCAGAAGACCUAGCGAGACCCUCAUGGUGGGGAAGGGGCAGGAGGGAGGGAGAAGGCCACUCUGGGUGACUGGGUCCAUGUCCACCUGCCAGCCAGACAUCCUCCUCCUCUUCCUUCCUCUUCUCCAAGGGAGCGGGCUGGGCACCAAUAUGCCAGGCUGAACCUGGAGGGCUGCUCUGGGCUGCACCAAUUCCAACCCAAAGACAGCAGGGAUCCUGGACCCUGUUUGCCCCUAGCAGGAAGCACUUUCAGUGGGAACAAAAGGGAGGGGUUGGAAAUGGGGAGGUGAGGUACCAAGACCAGUCCACAAAUCUGAUCCUGGGAGGGGGAAGGGCAUACGGUGCCCAGUCGCAUUGGGAAAGCAGACACUUUUCGUGUGGUUUGGUGGAGGGGUGAGCUGAGCUGUUGUCAAAUAAAGCUGGAAAAACUGAGUCUCUCUUGGCCCUUGAUUAGAAGACCAUGCAGAUUGGGGGUUGAUGCUACGGGGAGAGAGCGCUUCCUCCGCCAUUGCCAUUUCCAUUGCUGUGGCAUACGUCGUUUAAGGGGAUUUUAGCCUUGG